AUGCCUGCUGGUGUUCUGUUUGACUUAGGGGUGCAGGUUUUUAAUGUGGUUUUGGGUCUACCAGCCAACAUUAUGGUCAUGUGGCUUUUACUGAGAAACACAGGUGAAUCCUCCACCUCAGACAUCUUCAUUUUUAACCUUGCUAUUCUGGAUGGCUUUUUUGGCUGCAUGGUCCCUCUGAGCCUAGUUAAUUUAUAUGUGCUUCAUAGCAAAGAUGCCAAGUUCGCUCAGAAGUUUGCCUAUGGUGUGAAGGACAUGGGGGGUCCCUUGUUUCUCUCCUGUAUCUGUUUAGACCGGUAUGUAGCAGUGCUGCAUCCCAUCACUUUCACAGGUCUCAAAGACCACAAAUACAGAGCAGCCUGCUCAGUGGUGGUGCUGGCCAUCACGUUAGCCUAUGCCAUUGCCAAGGCCAUUGGGGGGAUUGAGAACUUUGAGAAGAUAUUCACUGUCAGUAUCCUCACUGCCUUUGCCUUCAUGGUCUUCUGUAACAUCUCCAUCCUGUGGGCUCUGAAGAGAUCUGGACCAGGGAAAGAUGAGAUGCACCCCAUGAAGAAGAAGGCUUUCAAGAUGGUUCUGUCCAUCCUGGCUAUUAUAGUGUUUAAUUAUCUCCCACCUGUAGCUCUUUUCCCAUUCCAGCAGUAUUAUGCUGUUGCUGUAUUUACAUGCUACAUCCAGCCCUUCGCAUUCUCCUUCAUCAACAUCAGCAGCAGCACUCAGCCCUUACUCUACCUGUCCAGACUGGAGAAGAUACCAAUCGAGCCCCAGUCCCAGGCUCUAGGUCAGCAUGGUUAUGUCAUUCUUCAUUUCCUAAUUACUUGA